AUGGCGGCGGCGGUGGCGGCGGUGGCGGCGCGGGUGCGGCCCGGAACGACGUGGUGGGCCCUGGCGAUCUGGCGGAUGCUGUUGCUGGCGGCGGCGGCGGGAUUGGCGCGGGCGGCGCCCCACGUGCCGCUGGUGCUGUGGUCCAGCGACGGCGCCCGCUGGGCCCCCGCGGCCCGCGCGCACGAGGGCCACGUCGCCGGCCACGCCCAGCUGCCCGCCUUCCUGGACCCGGCCCUGGAGCGGGGCCCGCGCACCGUGCUGCUCUUCCUGCGGGACCGGCUGAGCCUGGAGGACUUCACGGCCCACGGGGGCGUGUUGGCCCACCUGAAGCAGGCCUUGGCGCUCGCCCCCUCCUCGCUGGUCCUCCCGGCCGUCGAGUGCUCCGCCGUCGGUGCCCUCACCGCCUACCUGCAGGACAAGCUGGGGGCCGGGCCCCUGCACCUGGACCCGGACGCCCUCGGGGGGCUGAAGCUCAGUGCCAGCCGCCCUGCCCUGCUGCUGCUCCGCUUGCCCCAGCCAGCCGGCUCCCAUCCGAUCGCGCCCAGGGAUGUCCUCAGGGACAACGAUGAGGCCAUCGGGCGAGUGCUGGACAGGCUCCGAUCUGAAGAUGUCCCUUAUACGGCCAUCCUCACGGCAGUGCACCCUUCCGGGGUGACCCCCGACGGAGGCAUGGUGGCUGGUGGCUUAGGACGCCAGCUGCUUCAGACGCAGCCAGCAGCGCCCGUCGUGAUCCAUCCCCCGGUGACUUUUAACGACACUGUGCCACGGAUUCUGUUCUGGGCCCAAAACUUCUCCGUGGCCUACCGGGACCAGUGGGAAGACCUGACCUCGUCCACCUUCGGGGUGCAGAAGCUCAACCUGACUGGCUCGUUCUGGAACGACUCCAUCGCCGGGCUUUCCCUGACCUACAAACAGCUCUUCGGCACAAGGGUGACAUUCAAGUUCAUUCUGACGAAUCGCUUCUACCCAGUGUCCGCCCGCCGCUGGUUUGCCAUGGAGCGCCUUGAAAUCCACACCAAUGGCUCUGUCAACCACUUCAACGCAUCCCAGGUGACAGGGCCCGACCUCUACUCUUUCCAUUGUGGCUACGUCAGCAGUCUUCAAAAGUAUGGCGGCCUCCUGGUGGCGGCCAAGGAGCCCUCCCUCUGGCAGGUGACUCUAAAGGACUUCCAGAUCCAGGCUUUUAACCUGACAGGCGAACGGUUCUCCUACGCCAGCGAUUGUGCCGGCUUCUUCUCCCCGGCCAUCUGGAUGGGGCUGCUCACCUCCCUCAUCAUGGUGCUCAUCUUCACCUACGGCCUGCACAUGAUACUCAGCCUCAAGACCAUGGAUCGCUUUGAUGACCAUAAGGGCCUCCCUAUCUCUUUGACCCAAAUUGUAUAA